GAUGAUACAAUGACACUUUUCAACAACAACCUGCCUUUUAAAACGGGUGCCAAAAGUCAAAAAAUUGCCUCCGGAAGGUGAUAAACUGACUCGUCACUCGUCACUCUUUCCUCUCUUCACCUUACUGGUAGCGUGUGCUGAGUUAAGGUGGGAAGCAGAAUGUAAAUGUCCAAUAGCACUCUCUCUUCCUAAUCAGACUAUUAAGAUACUACAUUACCCUGGUGAUGGAUCCUGAGCUUUAGAAGAUAUAAGUUCAUAAGGAAUACCUGUGUUCAAGCAAAACUCGGAGAUAUCUUAAUAUCAAGGGAGAAAUGAAAUAAUAAUUUCACGUGAGAUUCUAGGUUGUAGACGGUUACGCGCAGUCGUUACGCCACGAAAGUGCGAGUCGAGUCGAGUCUUAUUUGAUUCGUGACAGAGUUGUGAAAGCCUCCCAACCACAGAACAGUUCCAUGUCAUUGGAAAGCUUCUGACAAGCCCGAGGUCACUUAUUGUCCGAUGUCUUUUCACUCUCGUCGAAUGGUUCGGGGAUGUGAUGCACCUUCUUUUCUAAGUCCCACUGUUAGUCGUGGAAAUAACCCUGGCCUUGAUGAAGAAAUGUAACAUGAACCCUCUGUAGAUGAAGAGUGUGCGUGUCCUCCAUGGUGAGUGAAGUGGUGAGCGUGUCUCCGUUUCUCGGUGUCGGACCGUUGAUUGUGCCUUGCCAAGACUUACAGAGGUUACGGUACCAGUAACAGAUGUCCAAAGCCUGCCCGCCACUGGGAUUUUUUCAGUCCGAGGUGCGAAAGCCAUCACGUUUUUCUCUCAUUUUUAUUCUAUUGUAUGUGAUAGUCUACUUGGACCAUGAGAUCUGUUCCUAUUACGUUUUCUUCGACACCGCCGCCGGCUACUGUUACGAGUAGCACUAGUGGGAGGUAUGCUUCUGCCACGACGACGACGACGACGACGAGUCCUCCCAUGAUGUCGUGUCAAAGCAAUACAUCGUCUCCAUUAGCGCAUGAUGAGAAUGAUUUCUCCAAAGGGAAUCGCCAGCGCGUGCCUCUUCCAUCCGAUCCGGCCGCUUCUAUUAAUAGUAUUGGAUACCAGAGCAUGGUGGUCGGUGAGGGCGGCAAGUCGCAAUCCACACGUAACAAUUCCAAAGACAUCACGCCUCAUCUCUUCAACAGCAACGGUAGCAACAACAAGACUCCAGAGCCACAGGGGUAUCCAGCAGUGGCCAAUAGUAUUAUUAAUACUACCGGUAGUAGCAAUACGAGUGGAUUGAAUGGUUUACUAGUAGGGAGUUCUACUACAGCGGCUGCUUCUCCGCUCCAUGGCAAGACUCUGACUGCCUCUUUUGCGACCCCUACUGGUAUUAUCACUGCUACCCACCACAAGCAGCAGCAACGAGAUAUUACUAAUAACAACAACACGCUCAUGACAGUCUCUAGCCGCAACCCAACAUCCGAUGUGGAAUACAAUCGCACUACCGCCGUGACGCCGCGGAAACGAGACGAUGUUCUCCUCAGCAGUGGUAAAGAAGAGCCGCUGCAUCGGUAUGAGUCGGAGUCGUCAUCAGCAAUGCCGCCUGUCCGCAGUAACAAGCCCACGAGUGAGAGAGCGCGCGGUGCGACCCCUCCUAGACCGCAAGGUCAAUCCAGAUCCUCACGAGAUGCCACUACUACUAGUACUAAUAGUAACAACGUGACGACGACGACUAUGAUGAAUGCCGUGGUUGGUGUUGGACCCACGGCAUCCACUACUACCAACACGACGAAUACUUCCACCAAUAUGCCGCCAAUGACUGACACAUCGCAACAACCACAACGGCGUUCUUCCAACAGACGAUCCACCAGUCCCAAUCGGAUCCCUCGCGUACCCAACAAACAGGGCCCUGCGGAUGGCACGUCCUCGCAAAAUUCCUCUCCACGACGCUUUUCCAAUAAUAACAACGGCAGCAAAGACCAUCAAAGCCAAGCGUCCUCGGGAGGAGGUUCCAAACGAUCCAACAAUAGUCACCACAACUGGCAACAAUGGAACAAUAAUAAACCCGAUCCUGCCGAUCAUGAACAAGCACUCUUUGAGCAACGACUUUGUGAAGAUGCCUAUGGAGUGGCCGUUCGCAAAAUCAAUCAAAAUGGAAAACCGAAUCUACGUUAUGUCAAGUGUGUCUAUGUCAUGGAAUCCGAUGUCGAUACCAUUGGAAAUGAUUCCCAUUAUCCCAGUUCCACACUCUCCAAUGUUUCCAGUUUGGCACGCAGUUUUCGCAAUAGCAAGACGUCCAGUUCGCCAUUGGCAGCCUCCAAUAAUGAAAAUAGAUUGAGAGUUCUCACGUGGGGCAAGAAAAAAGAAGUCAAGCUACCUUUGGAUCGAUUCGUCUGUGUCCGAAAGGGGAAAACCACGGAUCGAGCAAGACGCAAUCCCAGUCCUUCCUGCCGGAUUCUCUCACUCAUUACCACCGAUCCCAAUCAUCAGUCUCUCGAUAUUGAAGCUCCGACAAGGUUGGAUCGAGAUAAAUUUGCAAGAGCUUUUGCCAGGUUUCUAGAAGUCCCGUUGGUGGGAGAAGAUCAAACGGCUCAAUCGGUAUCAUCGCCUGCCACGGAUAACAAGAAUUCCUACAAGAAGGCCACCACGGCCAUGUCCGAGCCAGAUUUGGCGACCACACCCAAACAGGCCAUUCUAGAAGCCAAACGUAUGAAGCAACACAAACUACUCUCUGGCGGAGCACCCUUGCCGGUCGUCAUGGCGGCCAACAAUUCGUCAUCCCGCAAUCAUCUCAAGACGGUCAAACAAGAUCCUCCACGUGCCACUGUGCGGAAUUCAGGAACAUCCGGGUCGCUCAACAACAACACGAAUCACUCGGCCAUUGAUGCCAGUUCCAACUCUCAUACUCCCAAUCAUCUGCUCAUGGCACAGCCACAAAAGGUGCAAAUUGCAUCCCUGCCGUCUUCCUUGAGAGACUCGGAACGCAGUUCCACACAGGCUGCCACGGCAUCCAGGCCCACUCAUCCCGAUCAAGAUGUGGCGGAAGAUGCCUCGCAAGUCUCGUCCUUGACGGGAGCUGGAUUUGAUCAGGAAAUUGUGGAAGAAUUGCAUCAGGCACUCACCGAGCUACGAACCGAAUUGGAAGAAAGUCGGGCCGAAGCCGCCCGGGCAGUCAAGGUCGCGGAACAAGCCAUUCAGAGUGCCGAGAAUUCCAGCAGCAAUGAUUGGAAUUCUACCGUGACGCACAAGGCCGCCGAAGCCGCGGCAUUGGCGCAAAAAAGAUCGGCCGAGGCCAUGGCCAAGCAACGAUUGGCCGAAGAACGGUUGGAAGGAGAGCGACGAACGGCAGCGUUUUGGAGACGACAAGCCGAAGCGGCCGAGGAAGAAGCUGGGACAUUGCAGACCCGUGCGGCAGCCGCCGAAGUACAACGUGCUGCCAUGGUGGAAGAGUUGGAAAGUGAACGGCGCAAGAAUGCAGCCACGAUGCAAGCAUUCCAGGCUCGCUAUCCAGCAGAAGCCUUGCUGGAUUUGGAACGCAACCGGUCUCACGAGUCGGAUGACUUGGUGGCCAAGAGUUCCGAGGAAGUGACCCCCGGUGGGCAUCGUCGAAAGCUUAGCAUCAGGGGGCGAAAGAAACACACCAGCGAUGACACGGACGCAUCGCAAAGGCUUGAAGUGCGCGAGUCAGCCUCUGCCGAUAGUGGCAACAUGUCAGAUCUUUGUCUGAAGCAAUCCAGUGAUGCCCACCAUCAUGUGUCAGGUGGCAUGUUUGACGCUCAGACUGAACUUGCGCGUUUGAGGGAAAAGCUUGCCUUGGAAAGCGCCGCGCGAAGAAAGUUGCUACACGAAGUUCAAGAUCUCCGUGGCGUUGUGCGAGUGUACUGCAGGCCACGUGAAACCCCGCCGGCAGUCAAAGGAAUGUUGUCAAUACCGUCACAGGAAACGUUGCUUUUACAUCCCUAUGAGGAUGAGCCCCCAGUCAGCUUCAAAUUCGAUCGUGUCUUUACUCCUGAUAUUGGACAGAGGGAGGUCUACGACGAAAUUGAAGAGCUCUGCUUGAGCGUCAUGGAUGGAUACAACAUUUGCCUUUUGGCCCAUGGCCAGCGACAUACGGGUAAAACCUACUCUUUGCUGGGCAAUGUGGCCUACUCGCAGGAGAGCGGCUCUAGUCAACAACGUGUUGAGAUCACAGAUCACGGAAUUCAUCUCAGAACGGUGAAACAGUUGUUUACUAUAUCAGAACACCGCAGUGAACGCUACCAAGAUACCUUUUCUCUUGAGAUUGUGGAGGUGCACAACGAACGCCUACUUGAUUUGCUUUCUGGAACAGAGUUGGGUGAAACUCGUGGUAAUGUCAUCAUGGAGGAUCCCAAAACACGCUUGAAGCGUGGUAUGUCCGAGGACGGAAGCACUGCCGGACCACCUCAGCUGUCAAAUUCUCAUUCCGUGUCUUCGAAGCAAGGCAGCACCAUGACAAGGCUAGAAAUCAGAACAAACCACAACGGGGACACUGUUGUUCAGGGCCUCCGUUCUGUGGAAGUCAAGAGUUACGAUGAAGUUUACCAGUUGUGGCAGCAGUGCUUGUCUCAACGCGCAUCUCGGCUUGCAGAACAAGGAGCCGACCUGACAGAGUAUGAAGCCUCGAGUCACGUCAUUGCCACUCUUACCGUUACAUCGAUCAACGCAGCAACUAGCAUGGGCAGCGUCGGGAAACUGAAGUUUGUAGACCUUGCAGGAGCUGAUCUUGUUCAAAGACGAGGAAAUCACGCUGAUCCAAAACUGUGUCUCACCCCCGAAUCCAAUGCUGAGAAGGGAGGUGGCAGCAGCAGCAACAAUGACUGGAAAUAUUCGAAUAGAUCGCUGGCGACCUUGAACGACGUUGUUAAUUGUCGGAGUCAGUUCAUGCGUUCUGUUCCCUACCGAAAUUCCACUUUAACGCAUCUGUUGAGAGACAACUUGGAAGCAGAUACCAAGGUUCUUUUGCUCUUGUGUGUCAGUCCCCAUCCCAAGGAUCUCCAAGAGACUGCGUGUGCACUUCGAUUUGCCUCAGGUAUGCGGCGAGUAACGAUUGGGAAGGCAACCAAACACUCUUUGUCUCGAUGAUGAGCCUGUUCACACUAGAAUGUAACUGAAACUAAGUUCAUCAUUAUCAGCU